AUGAAAUAAAUAAAUAAAAACUUUAAAUAGAUAUGCGUGAUUGCUUUAAUAAUUUAAUUUAAUAAAUUACGAAUUAUCUUCUUUUUAUUACUUGUUUAUUUUCAAGUAUCUCAUUCAGAACGAUUUAAAUAAAAACUUAAAUAAAAAAUUAUUUAUAAUCUUUAAAGCAAAAAAAAAUUAAUUAAAUAAAAUUCAAAAAACAACAAACAAACAAUAAAUAAAUAAAUGGCUCAAUACUCUCAAACUCUCAGAUCUUCUGGUUUCACUUCCACUGUUGGUCUCACCGAUAUUGAAGGUGCUAAGACUGUCGCUAGAAGAAUCUUCGAAAACUACGACAAGGGCAGAAAGGGCAGAAUCGAAAACACCGACUGUGUUCCCAUGAUUACUGAAGCCUACAAGUCCUUCAACUCCUUCUUUGCCCCCUCUUCUGAUGACAUCAAGGCCUACCACAGAGUCCUCGACAGAAACGGUGACGGUAUUGUUACUUACUAAGAUAUUGAAGAACUUUGCAUCAGAUACCUCACUGGUACCACUGUCUAAAGAACUAUCGUCACUGAAGAAAAGGUUAAGAAGUCCAGCAAGCCCAAAUACAACCCUGAAGUUGAAGCUAAGCUCGACGUCGCUAGAAGACUCUUCAAGAGAUACGACAAGGACGGUUCUGGUUAAUUACAAGAUGACGAAAUCGCUGGCUUAUUAAAGGACACCUAUGCUGAAAUGGGUAUGUCCAACUUCACCCCUACUAAGGAAGACGUUAAGAUCUGGUUAUAAAUGGCUGACACCAACUCUGAUGGUUCAGUCUCCCUUGAAGAAUACGAAGACCUCAUUAUCAAGUCUCUCCAAAAGGCUGGUAUUAGAGUCGAAAAGUAAUCCUUAGUUUUCUGA